AUGGAUCGAUGCAGAGAUCGUGAGGAUGACGCCGAACUUCAGCGGUUUCGGGAGCUCUACCACAAACUUCACAACCUUGAGGAUUUCCCCGCAGUCUUUCCACAGGCCAAGGAAACGCUGAUCCUGCUCUUGUCCGAGAGCCUCGAGCGGACGCAGCAAUCGACGGGCCUGGACAUACGGUCGGUCGACAAAUACACACGAGAGGCAGCGUCCGCAUUUACCCAAAGGCGCAACAUCGAAACCUUGGGGCGCUGGCAAGAAUACGUCACGAGGAGGGAGACAGGGCCACGAGAGCUGGUGCGCACUGUUUCGGAUGCCACGAGAUGGCUGAGGCAGAAUGCCCCAUCCAAGUUGGUGGACGGGGCCUGGUUGGGCUACGUUCACAGGGUCACCACGCCGUACGCGUUGCGUCCGACAACCAAGAUUGCGUGGCAAAUCUUCUCCGAAGAGCUGGGCGACGGCGACAACGCUAAGAACCACGUCUACCUGUAUCGCCGAUUGCUCGGCAGCAGCGGGAUCGACAUGCCCGAGUCGCAUAGCAGCGCCUUUCUCGAGCCCCACCAUGGCAUGACAGAUGUGCGAUCCUGGAAGUCGGGCGUGUCCCAGCUUCUCAUCUCCUUGUUUCCCGACGACUUCUUGCCCGAGAUCCUCGGCUUCAACCUCCAUUUCGAAGGGCUUACGCUGGAGACAAUGGUGCUGGCCAAGGAGCUCGAGGAGUUGAAGAUGGACCCGUCUUAUUUCCGACUCCACAUCACCAUCGACAACGCGGCUUCCGGACACACAGCCAUGGCCGUCGCGGCGGUGGAUAGCUACAUGCAGCACCUUGGCGCCUCGGCCGGGGAGGCGGCAGUCCAGGCCGCAUGGCGCAGAGUGCAAGCCGGAUACGUGCUCUCGGAAUACCUGGGCGAGGACGCGUCGCCUUCGCCAUCCGAGGCCGAAGUGGCGAGCGUCUUCCUGCAGAAGGUCAACGUCUCACAGAACAUGCAUUGCUCCUGCAGAGCCAAGAUCGAGGGCCGCACCCUGGAAGAGUGGCUGGAUCCGAAAGAGUUCAGCAAUCGCGAGUGGCACAUGUCCUUCCUGGGCGCGCUGGGGAGAUCGCGCGUGUGGGUCAGGAGAGGCAAUAGCGCACAGAGCCGGUUGAUGAAGGAGCUGAUGUGGGGCGGCAAGAUGUUUGGCUCCUUCACCGAGCAGGAGGUCGAGGUGGUCAGGCGCUGGAUCGACGGACUGGGUGGCCCCCGGCCGGACUCGACGGCGUACUGGGCCUUCGUCAACCGUGAGCCUGAUCAGCUCGCACUGCACUCGUGCGUCUCAGCCGCCUCAGACGCCGCCUUCCCCACACUUUGUGUCCCGUCGGACCUGCCCGCGGCGCUGCCGCCCAUCAGACGACCGGCGAUCCGCGCGGUGCAGGACCUGCGCGUCUCCCGGUUCUUUGGGAUCUGGUUCAUGCAUCCCUGCCUUUUGGAGACGGCGAUUGCGGUUCCGUCGAGGGCGGCCAACCUCCACAUGGCGUGUCUGCUGAAGCUGAUUCGCGCCCAGAACGGGCUGGGCAAAGAGGGGAGCGGGGUUGCGGGAAUGGAUGAGGUCAAGCGCUUGGAGGCUGCAGGCCUGGUGGAGCUGGGCUUGCGGAUGGCCACAGCUGUGCGAGGCGCCGCUCCCGGCUGCUUGGCGGACGUGGUUGAAGCAGACGCAGACUACGCCGUCCUGCUGAAGCUAGCCAGCAGCCCCAAGCGUCACUUUCCCGUCUUGCUUGGCCUGUCGUGGGCUUUUGUCGGCCUCCAUCAGGCAGUGGCAAACUCGGCUUUGUUGGAUGCCGGGGGGCAGGCAAUGUUGAGGGAUAUCGCGUCUCGCGAGGCCAGCAGUCUCGCUGAGUGCAUCGCACUGUCAGGAGCCAUGGGCAGCGCCAACGCAGACGUCUGCGAGGGUUUUCGUCUCGGUACAUUCUUUAUUGACAGUUGCAUCGAGAACGGGGAGUUGCUGUGA